GUCUACUUCCUUCUGCUGCCACGACUGAAAAGAUCCUCUUUCGGCUCGCAUUUCCGCGCUACCGCUCCUGAACGCCUCUACUUCUUCUCCCUUACCACCAUCACCACCAUUAUCCACUCCUCCGUCCCCCCUCCAGGUUUUGGUUCCAGAGUCCACAGUCCGCAACAGCCCCGUUCUUUCAGGACAAGUAACUGUGGUGGAGGCGCAACUUUCAAGCCAUCAAUUCGAAAAGGGUCCAGACUGGAUCCAGAGUAUGAAAGGCGGAGAAAUUACCCAGUCACCAAUUCAGGAUGAAUGGUUCCCUGCCUCCCGUUUCUUCCAUUCCCUCGACUACCUCCACCAUCAACAACAACAACAACACCACCACCACCACCACCACAACAACAACAGCAACAGCAACAACCUCUUCUACUUCCACGACCGCCAACAACACCACCACCACAACACCCACCCCUACCAUCUCUUCUUCGUCUUCUUAUAAAAACAAGUUUAAACCUCGAAAAUCUGAGGAUUGGACUUCUUAUCGGGAGAUCAUUCAAAGUCUUUACCGCGAUGAUCACUUGAAGCUUCGUGAUGUGAGGCAAUAUAUGCUCGAAAAUCAUAGCUUUGAAGCAUCAGAAAAACAAUACAAAGACCGCCUGGCUGCGUGGAAUGUUCGCAAAAACAUCAAGGCCAAAGAAGUCCAUAUCAUGCUCCGCAAGCAACAAAGGCGAGCUGCAGAGGGCAAGCGGACGGCGUUUCGAGUGGCUGGCAAGACGGUCGACACGAAGCGCAUCUCCCGCUUUGUCCGUAGAUAUGGCACCCACUGGGAAUUGGAUGAUGCUCGUGAGAGCGUCCAUCCACAUACCAUCCACCCGAGCGUGGAGAAUCAACCAGCGAUUCCGCAAACGCAGCAAGAGUUACACCAAAAUCUUCCCACCAGCCCUGAGCCAGAGACCCCUACAGACAUCGAAUACUACACACCGGAGCCCGAUGAGAGAGCUGUGACCCUGUCGCCCUCGACCGAGACGCCAUCUCGUUUUCACGAUGAAAAGCUCAAGCUCGAGCCACUCCCCGAGCCGGAAGUGGACCAUACCCAACCUCUACCGGUUUCACCUACUCCCUCCGCGCCACCCAAGCCGCUAUCCAACCCCCUCCCUGAUGAAGACUACUGGAAGGCGCUCGAUGUGUUUCAAGGCCAACUCUUGACUCUGUCCAGGACGCUUGACCAGACCAUGUCUCAAUUCACUUCUCCGCAUGACGAUCUAUCACAGUAAUGUCCCUUCUUCGAAUCGCAAAUACCCCUCUGGCCGAUGACCUGCCGCUUCCACCAGUCACACCUUCGAUGGUAUGAUAUGUAUGUUUGGAGACUGUCCGGCCCUUGAUGCACGUUUCUCACCUUGCUGCUCUAAGCCCAGGCAAUUCAAUUAGCUUGUCUUGUGCUUCAGAUGAUGUUGUGAUCACUACCAGUUCAUCGCCACUUCGCGUCCUCCAUCACUCCCCACUGUCAUACUUACAACUUCACAUGUCCUUUUUUCUUACUUUGCAAAUUGCCUACUAUAUAGAGCAUCUAUGG